AUGGCCUCCAACGGACACUCUGCGAACCGCUUCCUGAUCUGGGGUGGCAAGGGUUGGGUUGCGAACCACCUUAAGGAGCUCCUCGAGAAGGACGGCAAGGAGGUCUACACCACCACCGUCCGCAUGGAAGACCGCGAGGGCGUCCUCGCUGAGCUCGACAAGGUCAAACCCACUCACGUCCUCAACUGCGCCGGCUGCACGGGCCGUCCCAACGUCGACUGGUGCGAGGACAACAAGGAGGCGACGAUGCGCUCCAACGUCAUUGGCACCCUGAACCUCACCGAUGCCUGCUACCUUAAGGGCAUCCACUGCACAGUCUUCGCCACCGGCUGCAUUUACCAGUACGACGAUGCACACCCCAUUGGCGGCGCCGGCUACCUCGAGACCGACCCUGCAAACUUCAAGGGCAGCUUCUACUCUGAAACCAAAGGCCACGUCGAGGAGGUCAUGAAGCACUACACCAACUGCCUCAUCCUCCGCCUGCGCAUGCCCGUCAGCGACGACCUGCACUCACGCAACUUCGUCACCAAGAUCGCCAAGUAUGACCGGGUCGUCGACAUCCCUAAUAGCAACACGAUUCUUCACGACCUCCUGCCCGCUUCGAUCCUCAUGGCCGAGCACAAGGACACGGGCAUCUACAACUUCACCAACCCGGGUGCCAUCUCGCACAACGAGGUGCUCUCCCUGUUCAAGGAGAUUGUGCGCCCUAGCUUCACGUGGAAGAACUUCUCACUCGAGGAGCAGGCCAAGGUCAUCAAGGCCGGCCGUAGCAACUGCAAGCUCGACACGACGAAGCUUGAGAGGAAGCUCAAGGAGUACAACUACACGUUGCCUGAGAUCCACGAGGCGUACCGCGGCUGCUUCGAGCGUAUGAAGGCCAAUGGUGUCGAGUAG